AUGGACAAAUUCAUUCCGGGGUCGCCCUGCCCAUACCACGGGAGCUACACCAAAAGCGUUUUGGCGAGAUACAAGGAUCAAGCGGGACUGGGGGCUGGAGCAGGUGUACCCGGUCCGGCUGCUCAGCUUCAAGCGCAUGCAAGAAAAAUGGAACCGAUUUGGGACAUCGUGUCGGGCUUGGCUAAAUCCUUGACGGAGGCGCGCGAUCAGAUAGCAACGCUGAUGAAGCAGCAGCAGCAGCUGCAACAGCAGCAGCAAGGCUCGAUGGCGAACCUCGCUGCGAUCGAGCGCAAGCCGUCCCCUGUGUCUCGAGGUCCUCAGUACGCUCACAACCGAUGCCCACCUCUGUCACCUGCUCAGAGGGAUCAUACUCCGCACGGGAAUCGCAACGUCCACCGCUCGCACGCCCACGGAUUCUGCGCUUUUGGCAGGAACUCCGAGUACAAGGAGCUCAUGCAUCAUAACGCGGGUGGCAAAAUGCAUCCUCCCCCCAGGUACGCAGAUCAGUUCCAACAAUCCGAAUCCAAAGCUGCUGCUGCUGCUAAAGAAAGAGAGCAAAUAGGGCGAGGCGGAGCGUACGGCAUAAAAUUGAAGGGCGGCGGUGGCAACUGCGGCAUCAAUGUGGUGCCCGGGAGCCAGAGCUUCACGUGUAGGCAAGCCAAAGGCAAGAAGGGAAUGCACCUGACCGCGCAGAUGCGGGACUGCCACAUGAAAGUAGACGCAGACGGUAAAAAAUUCGACGGGGAAAACCCCGUCAAGAUCCGCAUCACGGCGCCCACCAAAGUGCGCCCCCCUCCUUCUGCCAGGAGGCCUUCCCCAGAGGUCCGCCGCUACUGCGUCGGCACCCAGUACGCCAAUCUGUUGAAAGAAGAAGCUCAUCACCUGCGAGAGCAGCGCGGUGUCUCCGAAACCCAAGUCAAGAGGGCGAACUGGACUAAUUACUAG